GAGAGACGGCAGUCCACUGGUCUAACGGUAGAAGAGCAUUAACACCUGAUCUUCUUUGCCCUCCUCCUGUCUAUUUCAGAACCAGUGAAGAUGACGACUUGUGGCCCCGUGACAAAGAGCCUGCUGCUGCUGGCUGUGGUGGUCGCUCUGACCGGACAAGGAUCUGCAGCAGCUGAGAAGUUCUCUGAAUGCUGCACCAAGGUAACCAGACAGCAGAUCACUGAAACCAUCGUGGACUACACGGUGCAACUGAGAAACAAGCGCUGUGUCAAUGCCAUCAUUUUCAAAACGGAGAGUGGUCGUUUGUACUGCAGCAACCAUAAUGAGCCCUGGGUGUUGAGGAAGGUUAGGGAGCUUGAGUAA